AUGCGAGGCAUUUCCACAACAUGCCUGCGUCAAGUACGCGGCUCACUGGCGUCUUCAUUCCUACGUAAAGCGUUUCAUACAGCACCGGUGAAUUCCAAAAAGGCGCGUGCGCCAGAGCAUCGUGUGCAGUACAAUUAUGACCUUUUUUCUCUGCAUCCCGAGGACGAGCAUUACUCUUAUCCGCUUGUGACGGCGGACGAUUUGGCCAGAUCCAAGGCACGGCCGCGGUCUGUUCGUAUGCUUGCGCGUGACUUUAUCCAUGAUAGCCUGUACAAUACUCACUAUGGCUACUUUAGUCGGCAGGCCGUCCUACUGCCAUCUGCAAAUCCACCCUCACGUGUUGGUUCCGAUACGGCAUCACCUGCAGUAACAGCAGCAACAUCAUCAUCAACACUCGAUUCCGUCUUCCCUUUUCACGAUAUCAAAAAUGAAACCGAAUUUAUGCGCGCAGUGCAGCUUCGGUACAUGGCGUUUGAGGAGUGGUUCCAAAAUGAGAUGAAAGCUCGCGAAAGACGGCGCCAUAACAAUGAGCCAACUCCGCAGGAGCGUAUUGAUGCACUCAUUGCAAAGCAAAAACGGACACCUUGGGGCAGUACUCAGCGCCUCGAACUAGCGCGUGAAAUCGGCCGCCUUCAACGCGAUCAAAGCCAUGAGCAAGUGUCGGAUACAGAGGUGGAUACCAUGGUGGCUGGACAAGUUUGGCACACCCCGACGCAGCUUUUCAGUCCGCAUUAUGGACAUGCCCUAGCUCGCUAUCUGGUGGCAGAAUACAAGUUGCACCUUUUCCCAUAUCAUGACCUCGUGAUAUAUGAGCUCGGUGGUGGUGCUGGAACAUUGGCGCGUGACAUCCUUGACUAUAUGGAAGAGUUUGAGCCAGACGUGUAUUCGCGUACGCGCUAUCAUAUUGUGGAAAUUAGCGAUCGACUUGCCGCGCAGCAGAAGGCACGAUUGCUGCAUCAUCUGCGACAAGGCACGGUCGAAGUGGUACCGCGUGACUUUUUGCAGUGGGACAAGGAUGUAGAAGACCCCUGCUUCAUUGUUGCUUUAGAGGUUCUGGACAAUUUGGCACAUGAUGUGGUGCGUUAUUCCACGGAUGAUCUGCAACCGUACCAGGGUCUAGUGUCAAUCGAUCGUACCGGGGACUUUGUCGAGUUAUGGGAGCCCGUGCAAGACCCGCUGAUUCAACGCUACCUAAAUCUGUUCCACUCCGUCCGUCGGCCUCUCUUGCCACCAGGUGCGCCAUUCUAUCUGAGUUGGAUUCCAUCUUCAUUACGACAUACGUUGCAUGAGAGUGCGCCUUUUUACCCCAAUCUCACUCAGCCGCAUUUCAUUCCGACGGGUGCUCUUCGGAUGCUCGAUGUGCUGAAAAAGCACUUUCCGCUUCACCGCUUGGUUUUGUCUGACUUUUCUUCGCUGCCAGAUACGAUUCAUGGUGUGAAUGCACCCGUCGUUCAAACACGGCACAACGGUAUCAUGAUUCCUGUGACCACCUAUUGUGUACUGCAAGGCUUCUUUGAUAUCUUCUUCCCAACUGACUUCCCAUUGCUUCGUGACAUAUAUUUGCGCCAUAUGGGUACAUCGCCAGCCGGUGACUUCGCCGACGCUGGAUCAAAGAUGUCGAGGACAUACUUCACCCCCACCUACUCGACUGAAUUUUCUCAGUAUGUCCCGUCUGCCUAUGAAGACUAUUCCUAUGCGCCGAGUAGAUUGUUGGGUCUGUCAGACGUCAUACCACCUCCGCUUCUGCGUGAUUCGCCCGAUGCUCGUAUCAUGUCUCAUGCAGAGUUUCUCUCUCGAUACGCAGAUACCCAGGGCACGCAAUUGCGUGAUGGAUCAAACCCUAUGGUUUCUUGGUAUGCAAAUGCCAGCUGGCUUCUUACGUAG